GUGUUUAUAAACUUAGCAGAUUUUGGGAAGAACGAAGAUUUAAAGGAGUAAAAAAAGUUAUAGAUCUGUAGAAAAGGGUGAAUAAGAGUGGAUAACAAUGAGAUUAGUUUUGAUUUCAAUGCAGUGAGAAAAGAAAGAGGAAGAAGAACAUGGAGGAUGGUGCAUCUGUAGUUUAAAAGAAAACAAGAUGGGAACGUUUGGAGGAGAACUAAAUAUAAAGCUAUUGCAAAAAUAAAAGAUAAGUUUUACAUCAUGGCGAGAGGGAGCCGCGGAUGCGUUGAGAUGGGAGCUGGACUCUCGGCCUGGGCAGCGGCAGCAGUAGCUCCCCGGCGCCGCCGUGCCCGCGCCUACAGCCCCCCGAGCGUUUCCCUCGUCGCCCCCGUGUUCCUGCUGUUGCUGCGGCUCAUCUCGCCCGGAUCCGCCGCCCCGCCGGAGUCCGGAGACUUCGCCAUCCUGGAGGAAGCACAAGUUCUCGCGAAUCAGAUGCGAAUCCUGGCCACCAGCGAACUUGGAGUCUUCAACAUGCAGGCGAUCUAUAAUUCAUUUGUUUACGUAGAGAAAAUCUCCAAUGGGGAAACAGAAGUGCAGCAGCUGGCUAAAAAGAUAAGAGAGAAGUUUAAUCGCUAUCUCGAUGUAGUGAAUCGGAACAAGCAGGUAGUGGAAGCGUCUUACACAGCACACUUAACGUCACCAUUGACGGCUAUCCAAGACUGCUGCACUAUUCCGCCCUCGAUGAUGGAGUUUGAUGGGAAUUUUAACACCAAUGUUUCAAAAACUAUUAGCUGUGACAGACUUUCUACGACUGUCAAUAGCCGAGCAUUUAAUCCUGGACGUGACUUAAACACAGUUCUUGCUGACAACUUUAAGUCAAAUCCUGGCAUUAAGUGGCAAUAUUUCAGUUCAGAAGAAGGGAUCUUCACCAUUUUCCCAGCACAUAAAUUUCGCUGCAAAGGUGGCUAUGAACAUCGGAGCAGGCCUGUGUACGUUUCCACAGUGAGGCCACAAUCAAAGCAUAUUGUGGUCGUGGUGGAUCAUGGGGCUUCAGCCACAGACACACAGCUUCAAAUAGCCAAAGAUGCUGCACAAGUAAUCUUAACCUCUAUUGAUGAGCAUGACAAGAUUUCUGUGCUGGCUGUGGCAGAUACCAUCCGGACAUGCUCACUGGACCAGUGCUACAAGACAUACUUGUCUCCGGCCACCAGUGAGACUAAAAGGAAAAUGACCACAUUCCUUGGCAGUAUAAAGUCGGUGGAUGGUGCCACCCAGCAUGCACUGGGCUUUCAUAAAGCAUUCCAGUUACUGCAGAAUACAAACAACAGCACAAGGAUCCAUUCACCCACUGACAUGGUGAUCAUCUACUUGUCAUCUGGCAUCACCUCAAAGGAUUCCUCUGAAGAAGAGAAAAAGGCGACCCUGAGUGCUAUUAGUGAGGAAAACAGACAUCUCAAUAACUCUGUGAUGAUCCUUACAUAUGCUCUCAUGAAUGAGGGCAUAACUGGUUUGAAGGAGCUUGCCUUUCUUCGAGAUUUAGCAGAACAGAACUCAGCAAAAUACGGACUUCCUGACCGCACGUCGCUCCCUGUUGUAAAAGGGACAAUGAUGGUGUUGAACCAGUUGAGUCACUUGGAGACCACUGUAGGACGGUUUUACACAAACCUGCCAAACCGAAUGAUAGAUGAAGCUGUGUUUAGUCUACCAUACACGGAUGAAAUGGGUGAUGGAUUGAUCAUGACUGUUAGUAAACCGUGCUAUUUUGGAAACAUGCUAUUGGGAAUUGUGGGAGUGGAUGUGAAUUUGGCUUAUAUUCUGGAGGACGUAACUUACUACCGCGAUUCAUCUGCUUCCUACACGUUCUUAAUAGAUAAUAAAGGUUACACCCUAAUGCAUCCCUCCUUGACUCGGCCAUAUCUUCUCACAGAGCCACCACUCCACACGGAUAUAAUUCACUAUGAAAACAUUCCAAGAUUUCAGCUUGUCAGGCAGAACAUCCUAAGUCUCCCCUUGGGCAGUCAAGUUAUUACUGUACCCGUAAAUUCCUCUUUAUCUUGGCAUAUAAAUCGGCUGCGAGAAACCAGUAAGGACGCCUACAAUGUCAGCUAUGCCUGGAAGUUGGUGCAAGACACAUCAUUUAUUCUGUGCAUUGUGAUGGUCCAACCUGAAGUGCCAGUCAGACACCUGAAAAAUUUGAAUACUGCCCCAAGUAGUAAGCUUCUCUACCAUCGGCUGGAUCUUCUGGGUCAACCUACCUCCUGUUUGCAUUUCAAGCAGUUGGCAACACUAGAAAGCCCCACUGUCAUGCUAUCUGCAGGCAGCUUUUCAUCUCCAUUUGAACACCUCAGUCAAGCAGAGACCAAACGAAUGGUGGAGCAUUAUACAGCUUAUCUGAGUGACAACACACGCCUCAUCGCCAAUCCAGGACUCAAAUCCUCUGUCAGAAACGAAGUCAUGGCUACCAGUCACGUAACAGAUGAAUGGAUGUCACAAAUGGAAAUCAGCAUCCUAAACAGUUACAUUGUCCGUCGUUACAUAGCAACGCCCAAUGGGGUGCUUCGGAUUUACCCUGGCUCUCUCAUGGAUAAAGCAUUUGAUCCCACCAGGAGACAGUGGUAUCUGCAUGCAAUGGCAAACCCUGCUCUGAUUACCUUCACUGGCCCAUAUCUUGAUGUUGGAGGAGCUGGUUACGUUGUUACACUGAGCCACACUAUUCAUUCAUCCAGGUCUCUUUUGGCACCAGGACAUGCUGUGGCUGUGAUGGGAGUGGAUUUCACCCUGCGAUACUUUUACAAAGUUCUUUUGGAUUUGUUACCCAUUUGCAAUCAAGAUGGAGGCAACAAAAUCAGGUGCUUUAUCAUGGAAGACAAAGGGUAUCUCUUGGCACAUCCAACUCUAAUUGACCCCAAAGGCCAUGCACCUGUGGAGCAGCAACACAUCACCCACAAAGAACCUCUGGUGGCAAAUGACAUUCUAAAUCAUCCUAAUUUUGUGAAGAAAAAUCUUUGCAACAGUUUCAGUGACAGAACAGUGCAGCGGUUCUACAAAUUUAACACCAGCAUUGUAGGUGAUCUGACAAAUCUUGUUCAUGGUAGCCAUUGCUCGAAGUACCGAUUGACCAGGAUUCCUGGCACCAAUGCAUUUCUUGGAAUUGUCAAUGAAACAUGUGAUGCACUUGCUUUCUGUGCCUGCAGCAUGGUGGACAGACUUUGCCUGAACUGUCACAGAAUGGAACAAAAUGAAUGUGAGUGCCCCUGUGAGUGCCCCCUGGAGGUGAAUGAAUGUACUGGCAACCUGACCAAUGCUGAAAGCAGGAAUCCAAGUUGUGAAGUCCACCAGGAGCCACUGACUCUUGCUGCCUUUGAUCCCAGUCUACAAGAAACCCUCCCACAGUGCAUCAACACCAGAUGCAGCCAAAGGACGUUGAGCGGAGAUUGUUUUGGCGUUUUAGACUGUGAAUGGUGUGUGGUGGAUAGUGAUGGAAAAACACAUCUGGAUGAGCCAUACUGCACAUCCCAGAAAGAAUGCUUUGGAGGAAUUGUUGGAGCUAAGAGUCCCUAUAUCGAUGACAUGCCUGCCUUGGGCGAUGAGGUUGUAGCGUUGAACAUGAUCAAAAGUGCCCCAGUUGGCCCCGUGGCUGGUGGGAUCAUGGGGUGCAUCAUGGUUCUUGUUCUGGCAGUGUACGCUUACCGACACCAGAUCCACAGGAGAAGUCACCAGCAUAUGUCUCCGCUUGCAGCACAAGAGAUGUCUGUCCGAAUGUCCAACCUAGAAAAUGACCGCGACGAGAGGGAUGAAGACAGUCAUGAGGACAGAGGAAUCAUCAGUAACACAAGAUUUAUUGCGGCUGUAAUUGAAAGACACGCACACAGUCCAGAACGCAGACGACGAUACUGGGGAAGAUCAGGAACAGAAAGUGAUCACGGUUACAGUACGAUGAGUCCCCAGGAGGACAGUGAAAACCCACCAUGCAAUAAUGAUCCAUUAUCUGCUGGAGUGGAUGUUGGCAAUCAUGAGGAAGAUUUAGAGUUGGACACGCCACCUCAGACUGCUGCUUUGUUAAGUCACAAAUUCCACCAUUAUCGCCUUCACCACCAUCCUUCCCUCCAUCACAGCCAUCAUCUACAGGCAGCAGUUACCGUGCACACUGUGGAUGCAGAAUGCUGAACCCUGUGUCCUCCCCAUUCAGUGGAAGCUACUAUCAAAAGGAAUUGCAACAACUUGUGUUUUAAUCAUCAGUCUUUGAGUCAAAUGGGGAAAACUCUUGGAUUUUUAAGGGGCCCUGACAACCAUCAAAACAACUCACUUGGGAAUUUAAAGUGUUAACAAUACAUCACAGAUUUUUUUUAAAUAAAGGAUUAUUUUUCUACUAUUUAUUGAACCUUUUAACAGAAGUGGACCAUGGGAAGCAGUUUCUUUAAAAUAAACUAAUUAUUCUCUUCCUGACGAUGGAUGGCAUCAUGGAUUAAGAACGAACAAAGUUACAUUGAUAAUGACUAAGAAUUAAUUAUAUCUGAGUCAAAAGUUUGUCAACACUUUGUGUUUAGUUUGUGUCAAUUGCAUGAGCUCCACAAACCUCUUCAGAAUAGUGUUACUAUUAACUUUUUGUUGCGAGCUACAGUCUCAGCCAACGUCUUGAGGAUCACUCAAGAAUACAGCAAGAGUUGAUGAAAUGCAGUUGUGCAAAUUGGAUUAUCCCAUAUAGGGAGCACCUAAUUUUGAUCAUGCUACUCAGUAAGCUAAUCGGAGGUCAGGUACUUAAAACCACAGGAAAUAAAGUAACUCAUUUGGCUCAGUGUUUCUAUUAUAGCAAGCAGCUUUCACUUGUUAUAAAAUCUGGAAUAUUCCUGCCUCUUAAUAAAGUUCGAAAAUCACCUUUUGUUGUAGCAAAGUUAUAGGAAUUCUCAGCAUGAUUUACAGUCUACAUUUAGGCAGGCUGUGUAUGGUGUACUAAUGGUACCAGGGCUCACAGGUAAGGACAAAGUCUUAGCUCAAAUGGCCAUCUGGCAAUUUUAUGAGCACUACUAUAAGGCAGGCAGUAAUUAUUAUAUCAUUCUUAUUGCUGCUGUCUUAAAGUGGCAGUGUUAUGAGACCAGUCUGGAGUGAGAUUUUAUAUUGGAAUGUUAGUGUUAAAUACUUGUGGUGCAGUGGAAAUUUUUGAAAUAUCAGAGUUUUCAAUUAACUUCACUGCUCUGAGCUAAAGUUAGGUGUUAAAUAGCAUAACCUGAAGAGCAACUGAUGCUGCAAAGUCUUUUUUUUAAUAACUAUGUCCUCUGUAGAUUAAUCUCUAGUGAUCGUUGCUCUUUCAGUCAGUUAUGAUCCUACAUGUAAUAUUUUUUAAAUCCUCUGAAAUUGCUGCUGAUAAUUACAUGAAGUUUAGGGGAGGGGAGAAUACUAGUAAAUACAUGAUUCAUGUACAGUUCAUAUGCUCUCCAGUCAGUUCUCCCGAAGAAAAUGGUUUAAUGAAAUUGUAAAGUUGUUUUUUUAUUUUUAUGGUUACAGUUGAUUAAAAUUUUAAUUAUUUGUAUUCCUAUGUUUUUAAACUGUAAAGUCUUUUUAUUAAACAAAAUCUUAAAAUAGAUUUUACGUGUGAAGGAUAUAUAAUUGUAAAAUUAAAGGAGUGUAACUUCAAAGAGGUAUUUUGCAUGUUUUUGUUUAUAAGGCUGUGUUACACUAUGAAGUGAACCGCAUGUGAAAAAGUUGUAAAAUGAAACUAAUUUCUGUAGGAAAAGCUUUUCCAAAUAUUUUUCACCAAAACAGUCAUCACUCAGUGCACAUACAAACAUUAAAAUAUGACUGCAAGUUUUUACUCGACAAUCAUUUUAUUACAAAGAGAGACUGCAACCUAAUCAGGCCAGUUCCCUUUUGUUUCCCUUCCUAAGAAAACACUCUUCAGUGUAAGAAUGUGACUCCAUUGUGAGUAAGAGACAGGUACUUUGUCGAGUGAAAAUCAUAUUGAUGACACUUUAUUGUUUUCUCUUUUGUUGUCCAGAGAAGCAGAACAAGAACAAGCUCUUCUACCACAAGUCUACCUUCCCACAUUACAUAUCUCAAAGUAUCUAUAAGGAUGUGGUCUUAAAUAUCCUAAAUCUGUGGCAUCACAGUUCUGUGGGACAGAGAAUUUCAAAAAUUCACUACUCUUGAAUGUAAGAAUUCCUUCUCAUCACUGUCCUAAAUGCAUAAUCUAUUUGAAGAACGUGAUUCUGAAGUUCUAGCCAUCUUAGACAUUGGAAACAUAUUUUCACUUUCAUUUUCAGUCACUUAAGAAUGAUAUAUUUUAAUAAAAUCACUCAAUAUUAUAGAGUAUAAGGGAAAUCUACAAAAUUUCUGGAUAGAUUAAUCUUCCCGGCCCAAUGAAUUGAACGAAGAUUAUUUUCAAACAAAAAGGAUACCCUCCUGUGUAUAACACCUUAAUGCAUAAUAUUUCUGGACUUAAAGUGGCACAGUUGAAGUAAGGGUACACAUUCCCUUAAUGCCUCAUUAUUUUCUUACUAAUUCCCCUCUCUCCUAGCCCUAUCCUAAAGCAUAGAUGUCACAUAACCAUGGAACUGUUAUCACUUCUCAAAGCUGCUACAAUACCUUGGGUUGCUAAAACAAUGGACUUAAACCCUGCAUUGGCAUUAAAAGCUUUCAUGCAGGAUUAUAUACCCAUAUCUACAUAUAUCACAGCUGUGUACAAGAAGUUCUUAUCUCUACUGUCUUUCAAUGGUGGCUAUCCCAAAUUAAGACAAUAAUGAUUGUAUUGCUGCAUGAUUAAACUGUAAAUUUAUUUGUUAUUAAAUGAUUGAAUA